UCUCUCACGCUGCACUGAGGAGAGCUCACUGCUACAGCCUGCCUCUCCUCCUGGGAGCACAUCGCCUCUCCAUUGACAAGAAGCACACAUCCUGACUCCUCCCGUUGCGCUGACUGGAGGAGCACCAUACAAGGAGGUACUUUUGAUGCUGGACACAAUAUUUUCACAUCUGUCACACAAGGACCAUAACAGAUCACAUGCAGUCGCAGCAAAAUGCGGAAGUGGUCGGCGAUCCAAAUGGCUCCCGGGUUAUCUUCUCCGGGGAGCCUGGAGUUUCAUCAGGUCAGCAAAUACUAACGUCUCCGGAGCUGACCCACGAGGUGGUCAUCUCUCCUGGACUCCCUCCGCCUCCCGUGAGUCCUUUUCGCUCCGCAGGAUUGCCAUUUGGAGAGCACAAGUUGUCAGAUGUGAAUGGAAGUGGACCAACAACCCUCAGCUUUGGAUCUUACUAUGGCCCCUCACAGUUGCAUGGUGGCCUGUCCAACGGUGACCAGGGCUCAUCCACUUCAACCCGUAGCUGGACUCCCACCCGGGAGGAGAGGCUGAUCAAGUUCUCGGGAAUCGGUCCAGUGGAUGAAACUGGGAUGCCCAUUGCCUCCAGAUCAAGUGUGAACAAGCCCAGAGACUGGUACAAGAGCAUGUUCAGACAGAUUCACAAGAAGCCAGAGGAAUCCGAUCUGGAGGAUUCGGAGCGGCGGUCGGCCGAACGCCUCCAGCUCUCUGCCAACACGGAGGAAAGUAAUGAAGCAGACAAGAACCUCUUCAGACUGACGCCUCAUGGAGCUCUACCGGACUGGAGCGAGGAUGUAGAUAAGGUAUCAGACCCGGGAAAGCAGCCCCCUGAACCGAGGAGCAUAUUCGACUUUGAGCCUGGGAAGAGCAGCACCUCAGGAAUCUACAGCCAGGUUCAUGUAUCUCCGAAGAAACAACCUGACACGGCAAAGUCCCCAUCAAUUGAGGCCAGUCUCGUCACUGAGCUGAGUCGGUUUGAGGCUGAGCUGGACUCGGAGAUCCAGGGCCUGGAGAGGAGUCUUUCCCAGAAGAAGCAGCAUCGAGGCCGGGGUGAGGAGGCCAGAGGCGGGGAUCCGGUAACUGCUCCAAAGACUGAGACUCCAUACUACAGCAAUUCAUCGGCAGCAAGGCCGCCUGUCCAUCACCCUGUUGGCACAUCCCUGACAUCUGCUCCCACUUAUGUAGAUCGUCUUUCCCCUGCAAAUGACACCAUGGAGCUCCCAACCAAGAAAGAAGAGAAAAGGAUGAAAGCAGCGCGAGCCAAGUUCAAUUUCCAGGCUCAGUCCCCCAAGGAGCUCAUGCUGCAGAAAGGCGACAUUGUUUACAUCCACAGGCAGGUCGAUGCCAACUGGUUUGAAGGAGAGCAUCACGGAAGAGCUGGCAUUUUCCCCACAUCCUAUGUGGAGAUUCUGCUUCCUUCCGAGAAGCCGACGCCUAUUAAGUCCCCCACUCUGCAGGUGUUGGACUACGGGGAAGCCGUGGCUCUGUUUAACUUCAACGCUGACCUACCUGUGGAACUUCCUUUUCGGAAAGGUGAGACGAUCAAUAUAAGCAGGCGUGUUGACGAGAAGUGGUUAGAAGGGAGGAUCUCUGGGACCACCCGCAGCGGCAUCUUCCCGGCCAGUUAUGUCCAGGUCAACAAGAUGCCCCGCACCAGAUUCUCGACUGAUGACUUCCCACCAGGCCCUCUGUCUUCAGGCUCCCCCGCACCUCAGAGUCCAGGGCGUCCGCUACACUCACCCUGCCCGCGGUCACCGUUGUCCCCUCUCACCCCCACCUCCCUCAGCCCCAAACCUGAGCACUCCCCACUGAAGCCAUCCUCCCCUGUGCCUUAUGGCAGCCCAGUUUCACAGUCGCGCUCCCCCACCCAGUCGCCCGUAGCCAAAGAAACGGCCAAUCGGUGGCCCUGCAAAAACGCUUCACUCGGCAACCAGAACAGCCACUGGACCGGGACGCACUCCGCUGACCACAGCUCGGGGGCGAGAGCCGCGUCACCUUCCACUCAGCCAUCGGCGGCCGCACACAGAGCAGGAGCUUCCACAGCCAACACGUCUCCCAGAUACACUGGCCCCCCACAGAGUGCGAUCCCAAACCAGGCUGCUCGAUUUAAUGCACACGCUAACUCCCUGCCACAAACACAAGUGCCAAACAACCCGGAUUCGACAGUGGUGCAAUGCCAACCAUAUAAAGCUGUUUACAACUACAAACCACAGAAUUCAGAUGAGUUGGAGCUCAGAGAAGGAGACGUUGUGAGAGUGAUGGAGAAAUGCGAUGAUGGCUGGUUUGUAGGUACGUCAGAACGGACUCGUGCUUUUGGGACUUUUCCAGGGAAUUACGUGGCACCUUUUUGAUCUCCUCACUUCCUGAUUGCCCGCAUCCACCUGGACUCAUAAGAGCUUAACUGACCACUCACCCGGCUCUCUCCAACAGAUCCCUCUAUGACACUCUAGCCUUUCUUCGUCCCAUCACACCCACCACACUCCCAAACCUAGUCAGACCUGCAUGUUCACUCUGUUUUCCAGAACAGAGGGGAAGGCAGGGACAAUGAGUGGUUUCUCACCUCACCUCCCUGCAUAUGUGCAUGUGUGUGUGUGUGUGUGUGCCACUGAGUCUUGGAGAGUGUUUUCACACACACACGCACCAUUUGAGAGGAAAGAAUGAAUGCUGAUGAUACUGUUUCGGAUGCAAAGAAUGGACUUUUUUGUUCCACAACUAUUUGCAGCUGCAGGACAUUUGCAUUCCUUCCCAGUGACCAGUGCUGCUCCUCCUGAGGUCCUGGCACAAGUAUGACGCUGCCUUCGGUGUCACCACUGCGCCGUCACAAACCACUGCUGAGAAUGAGUGAAAUAGGAUGGCACAUGUUUCAGGCACUGCGAUUGAUCGUUUCCUUCAAAUAUCUUACUCAGAUUUUCUUUCAGAUCUCUGAAAAUACCAUGGACAAGUUUGAGGAAACCACAUGAACGUAUGUGCUCAAAGUAAAGCUCAGCGAGGGCUCGGACAUGCCAAGAGAAGUUUACAGCCUUUCACGAGCAAAUAUAAUUAAUGUGUGUACUGUCUUCACAAGCAAGUUAUUCAUUAAAGAAUAUUUGGCUUAUUUGUGGAUCUCUCUCAAGCCGUGAAGUGGAAUGAAAAUGGUUAAAGUAACUUAUCAUGUAAUGUGCUAAGAGAAGUUGCUUUGCUCUGAAAUUGAAUGUCAAACCGCUGUAAAUUGUAGAUCAGCUGCAUUGAAUAACUCUCAAAGUAAAAAAUGGAGAAAGAGAUUCUAAAGCAAAUGGUUGAAUGAUCUUUGGAAGUAUUUUAAGUAAAGCUAUAUGUGCCAAAUCUGACCUUUCACUUUUAAAUGAUCCAUUUAACAAUCCCAGCUCAUUUCUUUCUGCUUAGACAAUGUUAGGAUUAACAUUAUCCAUUUGACUAUUUCUAAAUUCAGUUAUGUUUGUAUCAGUGCAACCAUUGAUAAGUUUUGCAAUUUUAUAUGAAUAUUCAUGAUUGUACAGACCUUUUAUCAAAUUGAAAGUAUAAUAUAUAUUUGAUUAUAAAACAAUGUAUUGCAUAUGUAUGGUACGUAAUUUUUUUCAUUAAACAUUACAGAGUGAUACUGAAA